AUGCCAGGGCAUGUGAUUUGGUGCUUACUUGAUACUUCCUAUUCGAGAAACACCCAUUGCACAGAAUGGACUAAUCCGUGCCUAAUUCGGCAAAACAUCUUCCUGCCUAUCGCUUUGCCUCUCUUGAUCUGUGCCAACUCAACACCCCACCUUCAAUAUCCCGUCGCUUCCCACACUCUUCCGUUCAUUGGCAUCCCGGUUAUCCCUAAGCAAAACACUCUAGCUGGUCUACCUGUCGAGCUAUUGCUGUCAAUAGCCGAUUUCCUCCCUCCGGUCGAUGCGAUCUGCCUUUCCCUCUGCAAUCGUCGACUCUUUGCUACGUUUCACCGUCGGAAUCAUCCUAUCCUGCCACUAGGAAGAGACGAAAUUCCCCUUUUGAAUCGCUGGAACGAGAUCGACCGAGUUACUUUAUCUGCUACAUCUGUCACCGUCUUCACAAAUAUGAUGCCUCUCAAUACUUUGGUCCUCGCCCAAUCUUCGAGAAUCAAUCCUAUCCUCUUUUAUGCUUCUCAAAAUGGGGGCACCACUAUUAAUUAG